GUAGAAUUCGAGUUCUUCCCAGCGCUUCCAACAUACAGUCUCUCACUCACUCACUCACUCACUCCGCAUCCGGCCACACAUAUCACACAGCGUGGACAAUGAAUUCAGCACAGAGCGCGCAGAUUGCCAAUGCACAGCAGCUCCGGCGCAUGGGCUUGUUCGGCAGCGCCUACGUAGAGCGUCUUAAAGAGGGUGGCUCUGCCAUGCUCGUCCUCUCAGCAUCCGGGAACACCACAGGCGCCGGAAAUGGCGCCGGCAGUGUCCAUGGCGGCAUGACUACCAGCAGCGGCCGCCUGACACGCACCCGGUCGACGCGCGGCAGCCGGCGUAACCUGCGCGAGUGGAGCUCGGACUCGGAGAACGAGUACGGAGUUGAGGACGACACCGAAUCGAUGUUUGAGACCGAUGGCGGGUCGGUAAAGAACGACAGCGAGUCGCGUGACGGCAAGUCGCAGGAGGCCGAGCCGAUGAGCGGCAUCGGUAAGCGUGCGCGGCGUCGCACGGCCCAUUGGCAUCUACGGGACGACCAGGCAAAAUGGCUGGCGCAACAGGACGAGCUGCUGGUUCCUAUCCGGAUCGAGCUGGAGGUUGGCGAUUUCCGUCUGCAUGACGUGUUUGUGUGGAACGCAAAGGAGCGCAUUAUCACGCCUGAACAGUUUGCGGCCAUAUACUGCGCAGACCUGGCGCUGCCUGCCGAUGGCAAGGCCAGCGCACAGGUCCAUAUCGCCCAGCUGAUCCGCCAGCAGGUCGCCGAGUACGUCGCUGUGGACUCCGCUGAUGUGUCGGCCAUCGAGCUGCGUAUCCAGAUCGGUUCCCAUGUGCUGCGGGACCGCGUCGAGUGGGACAUUCUCGAACCGCUAGACACCAAGCCCGAGGAGUUUGCCAAGUGCCUGCUGCAGAAGGAGCUUAUUGAAGCAGGCGACGCACACUGGCUUAGGCAGAACCCAGUUGAGUCGGCAUUCCGACCUCCCGACAUGGCCAAUGCGUGGGGCCCCAGCGUCGAGGUUCUCACGGCCGAGGAGCUCGACCGCAUGUGGAUGCACAAGGAGCGCAGCUACCGCCGCAUGCGUCGGUCAGAGCGCGGGCACAUCAGAUCGUUCAAUUUUUUGCCGCCUGAAGCCCUACCGCACGAGCCAGGGGUCGCACCGACAGUUCUGGCACCUAGCAUCAACCCAGCAUACUAUGCACAGGCGGCCUUGUCGACGUCAGCAGUCGAUGCGGCGCUGGCACCACACCACUCGACCAUCCGUAUCCAAACAGCCACAUCGACAUCACAGCAGGGCACGCCGUCGCGGGUAUCAACGCCACGGCAGCACACAAGGGUCGAUUUAAGCAACUGGGAGUGCCAGCACUGUGGAUGCGACAGCAGCGGGACCCCGAUUCCGCGCCAAGGGCCGAAUGGCCCAAAAACGCUGUGCAAUGCCUGCGGAAUCGCCUGGAUGGUGCGCAACCGCCAGGAGCUGCCCUCGCACCGCAAGGACAUGUACCGCAACAAGCACUGAUAUCGUACCCUACUAGCUUUUCCCAAUAAAUUUAUCAUGUUACCAG